ACCAUCUGUCAAAAACAAAAUAAUAAAAUAACAUAGUUUUCAAUAAAAGAAACUAUAUUGCUUAGAAUAAAUAGUGCAAAUUUAACUAAAAUGUUACGCCGCCUUACAACUACUAUCAUACAAUCACGCGGUAUAAAACACCAAGUAAAAUUCAAAUGGGUGAGACCCGAAUAUGUACCAGCUUACAAACCGGCCAAAUCUGGCGACUUAGAAGGUCUUCCGCCGAUUUCAGAGAUGUCUUUAGGUCAUGAGUAUUCUUUAAGUGAAGAAGCUAAGGAUGCCCCAGAAUCUGUAAACAAAAUAUUCUCAGCAGCGUUCCUAGGAAGUAAGCAGCAUAACGAAUUGAUGAAGCAGGAACUCAUGAACAGAGUCAGGAGGCAUGCUUAUGAUGAUAAUACUGCUGAGACAAAGAUUGCAAAGCUUACUGCGAAAAUUCGUUGUCUUCAGGUCACCAUGGAAAAAUUUCCAAGAAAUGUACUUGCAAAGAAAACUGUGCAAGAGAUGAUAGACAGGAGGAAGAAACUGUUGAAGUAUCUCCGCACAUAUGACUACAAGAAGUUUGAGUGGCUCUUGGAGCAGUUAAAUAUUGAAUACAAGGCACAUCCAGAGUCUCAUCACAAGCUGUCUCGCAAAGAAUCCUUGAAAAGACUAACAGAAAUGCAUUGCGAUGACAUUCGCAAUGAAAAACUUUCUACCUACCGCAACCUGCUAGAGAGUCAACAGGGUCCCUUCCUCAGGGAAAAACUAGAAGCACUAAAGUUUAUCCGGAGCGAACAGGUAGAUUUGCAGCUUAAUAUCACGGUCUCAGAACAAGAUAUCAAGAAAGUGGAAGAACAGUUGAAAGAAUGGACAGUCAAGGAUGAAAUAAAACAACAGGCCAAGAAAAAGAAGAAGAAUUUGAUUGCCGACUUGGAUUAAUACACAAAAAAACAUGAGUAGGUGGUAAUUAUGUGGUAGAGAAAUAAAAUAAU